UGAAAACUGCAGCCCAUCGCGGACCACCAUGUCAUCUCCCUAAGUACCUAUUGACCACAACUUGGAAACACCCUAUUAGCCCGACCCCCGCAUUCUUUUACGUGUCAUUCACGCGCUUCGAUCAACUCCUUCACUCUGUGUACGACUCCCCCUACCGUGCUCUUUCUCCAGAAAAUUUUCGCCGCUGUUACCCUCACCGACCGUUACAAUGGACACGUCGACAUCUUUCUCAGAGUUGGGCUUGUCAGGGCCUCUUCUCGAGGCACUUGACCAGCUGAAAUUUUCGAAACCUACUCCCAUCCAAAUCGAAUGUAUUCCUCCAGGAAUCGAAGGACGUGAUAUCGUUGGAAUCGCGCCUACUGGAUCAGGAAAAACGGCCGCAUUUGCUCUUCCGAUACUGCAUUAUCUUUGGGACAAUCCUCAAGGCCUAUUUGCAUGUGUUCUAGCCCCCACUCGAGAGCUGGCUCAUCAAAUCGCCUCGCAAUUUGAUGCCUUUGGAGCAGCCAUAGGUGUCCGAACGACUGUCAUUAUCGGUGGGGAUGAAGAUCGUGUGAGGCAGGCAGUGAUGUUGGCGAAGAGGCCACAUAUUGUCGUCGCAACCCCAGGACGACUGCUUGAUCAUCUGAAGGCGACAAAGGGGUUCAAUUUGAGGAGUAUAAAAUUUUUGGUGCUCGAUGAAGCCGACCGUCUCCUGGAGUCUGACUUUGGCAUUGCAGUAGACGAAAUUCUGAAAGCACUGCCCAAAGAACGUACCACUUAUCUAUUUUCCGCCACAUUGACAGACAAGGUGGCUAAACUUCAGCGUGCAAAUCUCCGGAAUCCUGUUCGUGUACAGGUCUCUACAAAAUAUACAACCGUGUCUUCCCUUCUACAGUAUUAUCUUCUCGUUCCACUAGUCAAGAAAGAAGUCACGUUGGUGUCGCUACUAAAUUCGAUGGCUCAAAACUCAGUUAUCGUUUUCGUCCGAACGAAGGCCUGUGCACGAAAACUGGCUAUCAUGUCGCGUAUCCUGGGCUUUCGCUCCGUCCCUCUAUAUGGUGAAAUGACGCAAACACAGCGAUUGGGGGCCCUGAACCGUUUCAAGAGCGAAGGUUCCAAUAUCUUGAUCGCUACUGACCUGGCUAGUCGGGGUCUCGACAUUCCUUGUGUUGACAUAGUUAUCAACUACGACUGUCCUACACAUUCGAAAGACUACAUUCACCGUGUAGGACGUACUGCUCGUGCUGGUCGUGCUGGAAAGUCAAUAUUGAUGACAACCCAAUAUGAUGUGGAAUUCAUUCAGCGAUUAGAAAAGGUUCUCAACCGUCAACUGGAUCCUUAUCUGCAUGACGAAGCUGAAUUGGGUGUCCUUCAAGAACGAGUGGACGGAGCAGGAAGGGUGGCCAUGAAUCAACUGAAAGAGGAGGAUGCUGGGAAAAGCAAGAAAGGGAGGCAAAAGCGUCGACAUAUUGCCAGCGACAACUGGGAUAGAGACGACGAGGAGGAAGCAGAUCUGCCCAGGACCUCUUUCAAAAAGAGUCGUCGUUCCUGAACGCUGUUCCUUUCAAAACUCUGUCGUUCUCUCAUCAAUUUAGGACUCGGGCUUGCUUGGGUCAGUAGGUGGGGUGAAUGAAAGAUAGUAGGUGGUUGAUGAUGGUUGCAGUUACGUGACAUGUUAGUAUAUUAUUGGGAAAUGAAGACGAAGGAAGGUUUCGACAAGGCUUUGACUAAGUUGUAUCGAUGUAUUGUCCAUCAUGUAACAAUCUCACAUCCUAUACAACUCCUUCCAGUUCAGUUUGACGCC